CAGAGACACAGUCAGGGAUGCUCUGACGGAAAGUGAUGCGGAAAGUCCGGAGUCCUUUUUUUUCACCUGCUCCUACUUUCAACUCUCUUCCUGCUCGUUUGCUGAACUUCUUUUCAAGCUGGCAUUAAUGGGGUGCGCGAUUGCGUGAAAAUGCGCCCAAGCAGUGCGCAAUCCGGGUUUCUUUUUUGAACUUGCUCCAGCUGAGGUCGCGGCGCGUCUGUGCGCAAUGGUUGGUGUUGUGAAACGACGCAUACUUCGCGACCGUGGAGCGGAUCGAGAUGCUUAGCUGAAAUCAAAUAAACUCGACUGGAUGUGACGCUGACCUUCGCGGACAAGACUUUCAUGAGACCUGUGUUUUCUUAUUCGAGGGGGUUUAUUUCGGAGUGCGAGCGGCGCCUGAGUUGAGAGCGCAACCUUUCGACUCAACAAUGCGCUCCGGAGGGAAAUACUGUUUCAUUUUGUUGCUGGUCAAGAACAUCCUGUCCGACCCGGGGACCAGCAACCAAGUGACUCUGUUGGACACCACUGCAGUGCUGGGCGAGCUGGAUUGGAAGACGUUUCCUGUUAAUGGGUGGGAUGCCAUCACAGAGAUGGACGAACAGAACAGACCAAUCCACACCUUCCAAGUCUGUCACGUGAUGGAGCCGAAUCAGAACAACUGGCUACGAUCUGGGUGGAUCCAACGUCAGGCUGCGCAGAGGGUGUAUGUGGAGCUGCGUUUCACACUGAGAGACUGCAACUCUAUUCCAUGGGUGUCUGGAACCUGCAAGGAAACGUUCAACCUCUUCUACCUGCAGACAGAUGACCCACUUCCUGCAGGGACAAGGUUUCGCCCCACUGAUUACGCCAAGGUUGACACCAUUGCAGCCGAUGAGAGUUUUACCCAGACGGAUCUUGGAGAUCGUGUUCUUCGUCUAAACACGGAGGUCAGGGAGGUGGGGCCGGUGUCAAAGCGCGGCUUCUACUUGGCUUUCCAGGAUGUGGGCGCUUGUAUCGCUCUGGUGUCAGUAAAGGUGUUCUUUAAACGCUGCCCUUCAACUGUUCGGAACUUGGCAUUAUUUCCUGAGACUGUCCCCCACACGGACUCGUCCUCGCUAGUGGAAGUGAGGGGAGCCUGCGUGGAGAAUGCCGAAGAGAGAGAAACACCCAAACUCUACUGCGGCGCUGAUGGAGACUGGCUGGUGCCGCUGGGUCACUGCGUCUGUAGCAUCGGACACGAGGAGAUGGAUGGAUACUGCCGAGCUUGUAAGCCCGGCUCCUUCAAGGCUUAUGCUGGGAACACCAAAUGCUCCAAGUGCCCUCCUCACAGCUCCAGCCACGACCAGGCCGCCACCAUCUGUCACUGUGACAAAGGCUUUUAUCGAGCCAUCAAAGAUCCUUCCUCCACUGCUUGUACAAGGCCUCCAUCUCCACCCAGGAACCUGGUGUCCCUUGUCAACGACACGGCUCUCUUCCUGCAGUGGAUGCCCCCGAGCGACACGGGCGGCAGGAAGGACGUGACUUACAAUGUGCUCUGUCAGCGAUGUGAUGGUGACAGCAGGUUGAGGCAGUGUGAUCCCUGUGAACCGGACCUGCGCUUCAUCCCGCGACCGCUCGGACUUACUGGAACUUCAGUGGCAGUCCUGGAUUUUGCGAUGCACGUCAACUAUACCUUUCACGUGGAGGCUGUGAACGGCGUGUCCGGUCUUGGAGUAGCUGCUCGCUCACUGGCAAAUGUCAGCAUCUACACACACCAGGCGGGUCCGGUUCUGGUUGGACUGGUCAGGAUGGACUGGGCCUCUGCAAACAGCAUCAGCCUGUCCUGGUCGGAGAAGGAACAGCCACAUGCUGAAAUCCUGGACUAUGAAGUGAAAUUUUAUGAGAAGGAACAAGAGCAGCUAAGUUAUUCAUCAACACGGACCAAGAAUCGAACGGUGGUGGUCACCGGCCUGCAACCGUCCACGGUCUACGUUUUCCACGUGCGCGCCCGCACCACUGCUGGCUUCACAGCCUACAGCCCGUCCUUCCAGUUUGCAACCACAGCUGAGGAUGCUGACGCUGCUGAUCAGGGACAGGUUCUUGUUAUGGUCACUGCAUCAGUGGGUGGCUUCUCCUUGCUGGUCAUUCUCACGCUCUUCCUCCUCAUCACAGGACGGUGUCAGGGAUUCAUCAAGUCUAGGAUGAAGUCUGAGGAAAAGAGAGCACACUUUCGUAGCGGCCAUGUACCGUUCUCUGGAAUAAAGACUUACAUUGACCCGGACACAUAUGAAGACCCCACUCAGGCUGUGGAGGAAUUUGCCCGGGAGAUUGACCCUUCUUACAUCUGCAUCGAGAGAGUCAUUGGGACAGGAGAAUUCGGCGAGGUGUGCAGUGGCAGACUACGUUUGCCUGGAAGGAUGGACAUCGCUGUGGCCAUCAAGACGCUGAAAGGUGGUUAUGAAGAUCACCAACGGAGAGAAUUUUUGCGCGAGGCCUCCAUCCUGGGACAGUUUAACAACCCAAACAUCAUCAGGCUGGAGGGAGUGGUCACGAAAAGUGAGUAUUGGGUGAGUGCCAGAGGCAUUUUCCACAUCUUUAAUUGUGCAUUCUUGUUUGGAUCACCAGGCAGGCCAGUGAUGAUUGUGGUGGAGUACAUGGAGAAUGGAGCUCUGGACACAUUCCUACGAACCCGUGAUGGUCAGCUGACGGUCCUCCAACUGGUCGGGAUGAUGCGAGGCAUCGCGGUCGGGAUGACCUACCUCUCAGAUGUGGGCUUCGUUCACAGAGAUCUGGCCGCCCGCAACAUCCUGGUGGAUGAGAACCUGGUGUGCAAGGUGUCUGAUUUCGAGAUGUCCAGGGUCCUGGAGGAUGACAGCGAUGUGAAUUACAAGGCCUCUAGGGGAAAGGUCCCAAUCCGCUGGACAGCACCUGAAGCUAUUGCUUACGGCAAGUUCUCCUCGGCGUCUGAUGUUUGGAGCUUCGGCAUUGUUAUGUGGGAAGUCAUGUCGUAUGGGGAACGGCCAUACUGGGAGAUGUCCAAUCAAGACGUCAUCCUCUCCAUCGAAGAAGGUUACCGUCUGCCAGCACCAAUGGGGUGUCCAAUGACACUGCACCAACUGAUGCUGCACUGCUGGCAGAAGGAGCCCGGACCUCGGCCGCACUUCAGCGACGUGCUGUCAUUUCUAGACAAACUCAUUAUCAAUCCCAGCAACUUGCUCAGUCUGGUGAAUGAUGCACAGAGUUUCACCGAAUCCCCUGUAGAAAUGUUGGACUAUCCUCUCUUCAUCUCCAUUGGCGACUGGCUGGACUCCAUCAAAAUGAACCAGUAUAAGAACAACUUUAUCGCAGCAGGAUACACAACACUGGAUUCAAUUUCAACCAUGACAAUAGAAGACAUCAGACGAAUUGGAGUCUGUUUGAUUGGGCACCAGAGGAGAAUCAUAAGCAGCAUACAGUCACUGCGCCUGCAGUUCCACCAUAUCCAGCAGAACGGAUUUCAAGUGUGAAACCACUGAGACAGAAACUGGAUCAAACUAGAGGGUCACAUAAACUACUAGAUCUUGCAGGUACAAACAACCUCUCACGUGAGGAGCUACAAGGCCAAACGUGGCCUGGUCAACUUGGAUCAUGCUCACUGCAGCCACCACAACUACCAACCUCUGUUGUCAUUGGCCAGAUGUCGGUCUACAAACGAUAGUUGCAUCCACUUGAAGAGUCAAGUGCCGACCAUUACCUCUUUUCCAAGUGACAAUCCGAGGGUUUCUGCUGCAUCCAAAGCGUCUCAUGUCUUAUACCUCGUGAGGAGAAAUGACACAGAGGGGAUUUAUGGUAAUAAACACCACAAUGUGGGGUUCUAAUAACAUCUAUCCAGGCUGGAUCAGUUGAAUGGUAAAUACAAUCAUGUUUUUAGAACUGAAAGACCACUGAAUGUCAAACAAGAUUUUUUAAAGAUGUGUUCAACCCUCCCAAUAAUGCAGUAUGUCUUGUACUAAAAGUCUUGUGAAAGGUGUAU